AUGCUUCUUCCUAAGGGUGGCGUAACGUGGAAGUCGGCCAAAGCUCGACUCCCUCCCUGGAGGGCCGUCGUUGUUCUCCUUACACGGCCGCGAUUCUUGAUAUCUUUAGCUCUCACAGGCAUUUUGAUCUUAUUAUGGCGUGGAAUCAGCAAGUCAGCAUCUGGAAUGCAAAAUUUCUACUGCUAUGGCCCCCCCAAAUCUCCAAUGGAAAUGACCAUCAACGAGAUGAACGCAUGGAUGGCGCAUACUCAGACUCCCGUGAUUUUUAACCACCAUGAGCCCUAUGUCGUAAACGACAGCAGUAUUAUCAAUGUCGACCUCAACGGCAUUCGGUCAACCCGUGAAGCCAAGGAGAACAAGGAGCGGGUGCUGAUCCUCACUCCUCUGAGAGAUGCCGCGCCUCAUCUGGAAAAAUACUUCGAUCUCCUCUACAACAUCACUUACCCCCAUGAGCUCAUUGAUCUGGCAUUCCUUGUUGGCGACUCUCAGGAUGACACACUCGCCGUUCUUGCCAGGGAGCUGAACAGAAUCCAAGAUCAAGUGGAAGACAAAAUUGCUUUCCGCAGCGCGACAAUCAUUCAAAAGGAAUUCGGAGCUGAUACUGGCAUGAAUGUUGAGGAUCGACACUCCUUUGCGGCUCAGGGCCCCCGGCGCAAGGCUAUCGCCCGAGCUCGCAAUUACCUACUCUACUCCGCUCUGAAGCCUGAUCACUCCUGGGUCUAUUGGAGAGACGUUGAUAUCGUUGACAGCCCUCCAACUAUUCUGGAAGAUUUUAUUUCCCACAAUAGGGACAUCCUUGUUCCUAAUAUUUGGUUCCAUCGUUACAAGGACGGUCGUGAUAUUGAGGGUCGCUUUGACUACAAUUCGUGGAUCGAAUCCGACAAAGGCCGCAGAUUGAGACAGAACUUGGACCCGGACACUAUUCUUGCUGAGGGAUACAAGGAAUAUGAUACGGGUCGGGAAUACCUCGUUGGAAUGGGUGACUGGAGGAAGAACAAGGACGACGAGGUUGAGCUUGACGGCAUCGGUGGUGUCAACAUUCUGGUCAAGGCAGACGUUCACCGUUCAGGCAUCAACUUCCCAGCCUAUGCGUUCGAGAACCAGGCUGAAACGGAGGGGUUUGCCCGUAUGGCCAAGCGGGCUGGAUACGAGGUGUACGGCUUGCCGAACUACAUUGUGUGGCACAUCGACACCGAAGAGAAGCCCGGCAACCUCGGGGAUCGCAAAGCGUAUUAA